CCAAAGUCUCGCGAGGGUAGGCCCGUUGCCCUGGUAACGAGUGGAGACGGACCUGCUCGGGACCAUAACUAAACUUCAGUGGCUUUCCUUGUAGCGGCUGGAACCCCGGGUAACUUGGGGAGACUUCCGAGAUAGUGUCCCCGGACGGAAGGAACGACUGGCCUGGCCAGAGGACUCGGGGUGGGAGUGAGGGGCCGGCCCAGGCGGGACGGUGGAAGCGCCGGAAAGGAAGGGGAGAGGGGAGGCGGGGCGCCCCCGAGGGAAGCGAGCGCCUCCGGAGAGUGAGCUCCUCGCACUGCCCCGUCCAGAAGUGAGUGUGGGAGGAAGACCUCGCCGACCCGAAUCGUGGCUAAAUCGGGCUGACCGCAGACCUCUGCAGGCGCGCCUGCUUCUGUCCCUUCUUUAGACGCGGAAGACACCCACGGAGCGCCCAAUUAGUAUCUGUGUGUGUGGCUUUGCUGAAGCUAAAGUUGUAUUCCACAGCAGGUCAGCACGGUAGUGUGCCUCAUAUGCUGACGUAAGGAAACAGAAUCAGGAUUUAUGCCAGUCCGCUGUUCCAGAUUUGGAGUUGUGAUCCCCAGGCCGAAAUGUCAGCCUCAAUACUGAAAGUGUCGCCUCCUAUCCAUAUAACAAAAGAAAUUGCAAGCCAAACACUGGAAGAGAUGUCAGAAGAGUCAGAAAAGGAAGAUUAUUCAGACAGAACAAUCAGUGAAGAAGAUGAGUCAGAUGAGGAUACAUUCAUGAAAUUUGUAAGUGAAGAUAUUCAUCAGUGUGCACUUUUAACAGCUAACUCUAUUGGAGACGCAUUCUUCCCCCGGACUACACAGAUACUAUUGGAAUAUCAGCUAGGGAGAUGGGUGCCACGUCUUCGUGAACCACGAGAUCUAUAUGGUGUCUCUUCUUCUGGUCCACUGAGCCCAACACGGUGGCCAUACCACUGUGAGGUCAUUGAUGAAAAAGUCAAGCAUAUUGAUUGGACUCCUUCUUAUCCUGAGCCAGUAUAUAUUCCAACAGGCCUAGAAAUGGAACCCAUUUAUCCAGACUCCAAGGAAGAUACUGUAGUUUAUCUAGCUGAAGAUGCUUACAAAGAGCCCUGUUUUGUAUAUUCUCGAGUUGGGGGCAACCGAACACCCUUGAAGCAACCUGUGGAUUCCUGUGACAACACUUUGAUGUUUGAAGCAAGGUUUGAGAGUGGUAAUCUACAGAAGGUAGUCAAAGUGGAAGAACAUGAAUACCAGCUGACUUUGCGCCCUGACCUCUUCACACACAAACACACCCAGUGGUACUAUUUCCAAGUCACUAAUACCCAAGCAGGAAUAGUCUACAGAUUCACUAUUGUCAAUUUCACCAAGCCUGCUAGUCUUUACAAUCGGGGUAUGCGCCCACUGUUCUAUUCUGAGAAAGAAGCCAAGGCUCAUCAUAUUGGCUGGCAGAGAAUAGGAGACCAAAUCAAAUAUUAUAGGAACAACCCUGGGCAAGAUGGGCGCCAUUAUUUCUCUCUUACGUGGACAUUUCAAUUUCCACACAACAAAGAUACUUGCUACUUUGCUCACUGCUAUCCCUACACUUACACCAAUCUGCAAGACUACCUUUCUGGCAUCAAUAAUGACCCAGUACGGUCAAAGUUUUGUAAAAUACGUGUCCUGUGCCACACACUUGCUAGGAACAUGGUGUAUGUUUUAACAAUCACUACCCCCUUGAAGAACACUGACUCGAGAACCCGCAAGGCCGUGAUUCUGACCGCAAGGGUCCAUCCAGGGGAAUCCAACAGCUCUUGGAUUAUGAAAGGCUUCCUAGAUUAUAUUUUAGGAGACUCAAGUGAUGCACAGUUGCUUCGGGACACUUUCGUCUUCAAGGUGGUGCCCAUGCUGAAUCCAGAUGGUGUGAUUGUGGGAAAUUAUCGGUGUUCCUUAGCUGGACGGGAUUUAAACCGUAAUUAUACAUCUGUCCUGAAGGAAUCUUGUCCUUCUGUAUGGUAUACCCGGAACAUGAUCCGUAGACUGAUGGAGAAACAAGAGGUUCUUUUAUAUUGUGAUCUUCACGGCCAUAGUAGGAAAGAGAAUAUCUUCAUGUAUGGCUGUGAUGGUAGUAAGAGAUCUAAAGCGUUAUACUUACAGCAACGAAUCUUUCCACUUAUGCUGAGCAAAAACUGUCCUGAUAAAUUUUCAUUCUCAGCUUGCAAGUUUAAUAUUCAGAAGAACAAAGAAGGAACAGGAAGGGUAGUAAUGUGGAAAAUGGGAAUCAGAAACAGCUUUACCAUGGAGGCCACCUUUUGUGGAUCUACUCUGGGUAAUAAGCGAGGCACUCAUUUCACCACAAAAGACUUGGGGUCAAUGGGAUACCAUUUUUGUGAUUCUCUGUUGGACUAUUGUGAUCCUGACCGUACCAAGUAUUAUCAGUGCCUGAAAGAAUUAGAAGAAAUGGAAAAACAUAGAAACUUGGAAAAAGUCUUUGAUGAUUCAGAUACUUCUAUGAUAGAAAUUACAUUGGAUCCAGAGUCUAGUAGCCGAGGCUCUGACAGUUCAGAAUCCAAUGACUCUCCAACUUACCUUCCUAAUAUGAAAACCAGGAAAAAACUUCUUAAAACAAAGAAGGAAAGGAAUUCUACCACAGCAAAGCACCAAAAUGCCAGAGGAGAGCAAGAGGUGUAUGACAGAGGACCUUUACUGCAAAAACACAAAGAAUCAAAUUCUGAUGUGAAAGAUACAAGGCCAAAUGAACCAGAUGAUUAUAUGGUUGAUUAUUUUAGAAAACAGUUGCCUGAUAUGGGUUUAGAUCCGCAUCACAACUUAAAAAGCAAAAUGAAAGAAUGCACAUCUUUCCAAAGCAAGAAGAGUGGCAGAAAUUGGACAGAUGAUGAAAAAAGAAUCUACAGGGAUAAAAGAAUAGCUCAAACUCAAGAAAUAUUACAAUAUUUGCUCCCUAUCAUUGAUAGCACUAAAAACAUGCAAACCACUCAGAUAAAACAGCUACUCAGUACAAGAAGCAACUUCCAAAUCCAACAUCAACUAAAGCCAGCUACUUGCAUAAAUGUAAAGAGAUACAGGACAUCUUGGAUACCACCCAAAAAUCACCCUUUUAUAACCCAAAGGAAUCUUAUGCCACACUCUUCACAGUUGUUCCAGUCUAUAUCCUAUAGGCCCUUUGAAAGUUUGUCACCUCCCAAAGGCCCAAAGAAGAGGAAAAAACAUUCUCAAACACGGGCCAUAAAGAAUGCAGACAUGAAACCUCUCACCAGCAAAUGGGAGACUGCGCCCUCAAGUUUUGAAGCAGAUGCAAAUAAUAUAAAAGAUGAGAGUUUUCAAGCUGAAGAAUCCAACAAGCAAAGCUCUACACAUGUAUCCCCCCAUCUAACUAAAAAUAAGGAGGAGAAACUAAAUAAGAAUGAUGGACAACCCAUCUUCCAUCUGAAGUUGGAAAGGGACAGUUAA